GAUGGCCAGCUUCGAUGUGAAGGCUCUCUUCACGAACGUACCAGUGGUUGGGGCAAUGAAAGCGGUGCAGAAAGUAAUCGAAAGUGUUAGUGAAAGUGAAUUACCAGUGAACAAGACGGAUUACAUAAAACUAGUGUCUCUGUGUGUGAAGUUUGGGUGCUUUACGUUCGAUGAUGAGGAGUUUGUGCAACACAGAGGUUUAGCCAUGGGUUCCCCCCUAAGUGCAGUUAUGGCUUCCCUCUACAUGGAGUUACUCGAAAGCGAGAGUUUAGUGCGUGUAAUGGGGAGCGAAUCACUGUGGUUUCGUUACGUUGAUGACAUUAUAGUAAUAAUGCCGACAGACACCAACGUUAACGACAAACUCUGUAAGCUCAACGAAGUAAAUGAGCACAUACAGUUUACAGUGGAGGAGGAAGUUAAUGGUGUGUUGCCGUUUCUAGAUACCGUGAUUCACCGAAAAAAUGAAAGAGCGAUAUUUUCCGUAUACAGAAAACCCACUAACAAGGAUGAUUUUGUCCACUUCUUUUCACGGCACGAUAUGAAAACCAAAUCAGGCAUAGUAAUAGGGUUCUUCUUACGUGCCUUCAGAGUGUGCAGUGAUGAAUUCUUACACGAUGAGUGCGCAUACAUCGUGGAAGCAUUCAAGAGGUUAAUGUAUCCACCAGGCAUGCUCCUAAAACUGAGGAGGAAAGCAGAAGAAAUUUGGAAAAGAAGAGAAAAUCCAGCAAGAAGGGAAGAGGAUUUCCUGGUCGUGCCGUACUCGAAGAGGACGGCACCGGUAUCCCGUCUACUCGCGAGGACUGGCCUGAGGAUAAUCCACUGCGCGGGGAAGAAAACAAAGGACAUCGUUACCAACAACCCUCCACGAGCAGAAAACGAGGACAGCGUUAUCUACAAGAUACCGUGCAGUGGAUGUUCGUCGUCUUAUAUUGGCGAAACAGGGCGAGGACUGAAGAAGAGGAUAUACGAACAUAAAAUGACAUGCGCCACCACAGGACCUCUAACUCGCUAGUGGUGCACGCCCGGGACAAAGGCCACCUACCAAACUGGGUAGGAGCGACGACCCUACGCAAAGGACUGAAGAAGAGGAUAUAUGAACAUAAAAAUGACAUGCGCCACCACAGGACCUCUAACUUUCUAGUGGUGCAC